AUGCCACAUGUUUCUUUGAAAGACCUUUUAAGGAAAAUUAGACAAAGAGUGUGGCCAGCCGAAGGCCUUGAGAGCCAGGUGGGUCUUCGUGGCAGCUCCGUAGACUACGCAGCUGCACUGUUACUUGCUGCUAUGGCUGCCGUACUACUAGCGGCUGUGGGCUAUCAAUGUGCUGCCACCUGGCGCUGGAUAGUGGGAAGCUUGUGCAGGACCCGCCGUGAUGGAGACAGCAACUGCGACUCACUCUCCCGCCAAGCCGCCAUACGAAUCAGCCACUCGCUGCCAGAUCUGCAAGCUGAACCGUUGAAGGAAGAGUAUGUGCAGGAACAUAAAGAUCCAGCAAAGAAGGUUCUUCGUCAAACGACGUUGCCUAUAGUGCCGACGCGUCAUCAGACCUUCCAAAGACAACUGUCGCAUCGUCUCGACCUACCUUCAAUCCAGUUCAGCAUCUGCAGCCUUGAGCGCGCUGACUCUUCUAUUGGACUUAUAAAGCCGGAGCUGUAUAAGAAUGAGCUUGUCCGCCAAUCAUCUACUGAAAGUGCUGAGCUGGAGUUCUGCGGCAAACUUCACUUUGCUGUUAAGUAUGAUCAAGAAGUUGAGGCUCUGGUUGUUAAGAUCUUCGAAGCUCGUGAUCUACCCAUCAAGGAUGUGACCGGCAGCAGCGACCCGUACAUUAAAGUGUUUCUAUUACCGGACCGCAAGAAAAAAUUCCAGACGAAAGUGCACAGGAAGAACUUGAACCCGGUUUUCAAUGAAACCUUUUUAUUCAGUGUGCCGUAUGAAGAACUUCGCCAGCGUUACAUCCAGUUCUCCGUAUACGAUUUCGACCGCUUCAGCCGUCACGACCUGAUCGGUCACGUGGUCCUCAAAGGUCUUCUGGAGUCAACUGAUUUGCAGCAGCAAAUCGAGUAUACCAUGAAUAUUCUUGCUGCACCACAGGAGAAGAAAGACCUUGGAGAGCUGAUGCUGUCUCUAUGCUAUCUACCCACUGCAGGCCGACUCACAGUCACUGUGAUCAAAGCCAGGAACCUGAAGGCGAUGGACAUCAAUGGAUCGUCAGAUCCAUACGUGAAAAUCUGCUUGAUAUGCCAAGGGAAACGCAUCAAGAAAAAGAAGACUACUGUCAAAAAGAACACGCUUACACCGGUGUAUAAUGAAGCUUUGGUCUUUGACUUACCUUCGGAGAACGUGUUUGACACUACACUCCUUGUCAAAGUCAUUGAUUAUGACAGGAUUGGAUCGAAUGAACUGAUCGGCUGUACGGCUAUCGGCUCCACCCUAAUCGGCAUUGGACGUGAACAUUGGCUGCAAAUGUUGGAUAACCCUCGGAAACCAGUGGCGCAAUGGUACCCGUUGAACAAGAGUCCACCGAACAACGUAACUUUACCGAAUAAUGAUGCUCAGAGUGCGGGACUCAGCUGCUUAAAUGGAAGAUGA